AUGAUACCUACCGAUUCAUUGAACUCUACCAAUACUACAUCUACAAGAAUAAUAUCUACAUUUAAUCCGAAUUUUUCAUUUGACAUACUGGCCGAUAAUGCACGGGUUUAUACGAUUACUUCGGAUCAAUCCUUUAUGGGAUUAUUUGAUGUCAUGUACGUUUUGCUAUUUGCAAUUGUGAUUGGGGAGAUGAAUAAUAUAACAAUUUCAUAUUCAAUAUGCAUAAUAAUGAUUAUAAUUUGGUUAUGGACCAAAUUUAACAUUGUUAAAUCAGAAAGCAUAUUAUCAGUGAGGGAUGUAGGAGUUCAGGUAACAACCGUAUACCUGAAUGGUAGAAGUGUUUCCAAAUUUAUCGAUAAAUCAAAGAUUUCUGACAUAAUAAUCAAUGAAGGGAUUACAAUGCUUCAGGUGAAGUUUUAUAUGGCAAUAAUUGUUGAAGGGCAAGACCGUAUGGUUGUGGUGUUUCAGCAUUUAUUACCGAAGUUAAAUGUAUUGAUACAAGUAUAUCGUGGUACAAGAUCAGUUAUAUUUAAUGAAAUGGAAGAGGAACUUGGUGAAGCAGAUUACCCUAAUUCCAAAUAG